CCGGCCGCGCAAGCCGCGAUACUUCAACAGGGUGCACACGGGCUUCGAGUGGAACAAGUACAACCAGACGCACUACGACAUGGACAACCCGCCGCCCAAGAUCGUGCAGGGCUACAAGUUCAACAUCUUCUACCCCGACCUGAUCGACAAGAGCGCCACGCCCGAGUUCUCGCUGCAGCCGUGCGGCGGCGGCGCGGACGCCGAGUUCGCCGUGCUGCGCUUCCACGCCGGCCCGCCCUACGAGGACAUCGCCUUCAAGAUCGUCAGCCGCGAGUGGGAGUACUCCUACAAGCGCGGCUUCCGCUGCCACUUCCACAACAACAUCUUCCAGCUCUGGUUCCACUUCAAGCGCUACCGCUACCGCCGCUAGACCCCCUACCCUUCCUACUUCAUCUAUUUACGUUUUAUUACUCUUGCGUUUUGGUGAUUGUCAAUAAAGCAUUAAAAUAACCGUAGGAAUUACUAUAUCAGAUAUAUAGCGCGAUUGCGAUCUUGAUGUCACUACUUUGAAUAGUUUUUUGUAUCAUUCAUAUGAUACACUUGUUGAGAGAUCCACGCGCGAUACCGAGCCAGAUAUGUUGUUAAUAUGUAUUAUCACCAUUACAAUAAAGACUAUUUUUGGAUCACUA